GGCUUUACUUUGCAUUUUAAUUAACGUGGGAUUAUUUUAUGUAUUUAGAAAUAAUAGUACCAACUUUUUUUUAUUUUUUCCUCCAACAUUUGUGGCACUGGCGUGGCGCCCCCUGAUGGACGGCGCCCUUAGCAUUUGCCUAUACGGCCUAUGCCACGGGCCGGCCCUGCCGGGGUCAAAGGUGAACUCGCAGCCUCCAGAGAAGUGAUGUUUUUUUUUAAGUGCGGUCCAUUAAAGGACAUGUUGUGUGGCCGUAGAUGUCCCGACAGACAGGACUAUCAUCACAUGACACGUGCACGCUCACAGCUGCUCUACUUAAAUGCUGCUCGCACAAGAGGGGGACCUCCGUGAAGACGUCAUAUUGUGAAGACAUCACCUGAAGACAUGGCCAGCAGGAAGACCAAGAAGAAAGAAGGCGGAGCCAAGCGGGCCCAGCGUGCGUCCUCUAACGUGUUCUCCAUGUUUGAGCAGACUCAGAUCCAAGAGUUCAAAGAGGCUUUCACUCUCAUAGACCAGAACAGAGAUGGAUUCAUCGAUAAAGAAGACCUGAAGGACACGUACGCCUCUCUGGGCAAAGUGAACGUGAAGGACCAGGAAGUGGAGGAGAUGCUGAAAGAAGCGAGCGGUCCCAUCAACUUCACCAUGUUCCUCACUCUGUUUGGAGCCAAGCUUCACGGCACCGACCCAGAAGAGACUAUUCUCAGCGCCUUCAAAAUGUUCGACGCCGACGCCAAAGGUUUCAUCCACAAAGACGACUUACAGAAACUCUUGACAACACAAGCUGACAAGUUCACACAGGAAGAGGUCAAGCAAAUGUUUCAGUCGUCCAACAUCGACGCAUCAGGGAACUUGGACUACAAGUCUUUGUGUUACAUCAUCACUCAUGGCGAGGAGCGUGAAGAAUGAAGGAAAAACCAAGACAGCACCUUAUCUAUCCUUUUAUUUUCUUGUUGUUGCUCGGCAGAAUACCAGAUGAAAGAUGUCUGCUUCCUGUUGCUAGGUAAAAUAGAAAACAUUUGUCAUGUCUUCUUCUUUGAAUAGAAAAUAAAACAUAUCU